GUGAAGUUGAGCCUGCGGCUCUGAAUUUGAUGUCAUUUGUUAUAGUCUGUUGCCGCCAAAUGAAACGCUCACCCAUGUCAAAAAUGAAUGGUGCUAUCCACUUCUGCGUGCUUCCUCUGAUUGCUUAGCUCACUAACCAACCCACCCCUUCCUCCUCUCUUUCUCAAAUUUCUCUCCUUCCCCGUAAUUUUGCCUUCCACACUCUCCAAGACAAGCUACGCUCAAUAUCUGCAACUGUAUCGUGGGUUGGAGUUUUAAUUGCUGUUGGCAUCUCCGAAGCUAGCAAAUCGUCAUCUGAAAUAAUGGAAGUUGCAGAAACAAGAUGUUUGUCAGGCUACGGCAAGCCUCCUUGGAUAUUUAAAGGCAGUGCCUUGUAUCAGCUUCAUCUUGUGAAAGCAGAAACUGCUCGAGCAUUCAUUCCUAAAGAGUUUAAAUUAGUCGAAGCUUUUGGGUAUACUCUCGGUGGCUUUUUUCUCGCCAACUAUGAGGAAAGUCCAGCAGGGGCAUUUGAUGAGCUAGUGGUGAUUGCGGGAAUCGUGUGGAACCCUCCAAUGUCUUGCGCAUGGGCAGCCAGGGUAUUAGUGAGCAGUGAUGAUGCUUGUGGCCAUGGACGAAAGGAAGUUGGGCUCCCAAGUUAUGUUGCCAAGUUUUCUAAGGGAACUGUUGGGAUUCCGAUGCAUCAAACGAGUAAAUCUCAUUACUUGCUCCACAUGAUUGGUUUUGAUACCAUGCAUUCUAGAUCCAAGGAUAGCAUGGAUGUUCAGGUGACUGAAAUUAAUGGUCCUUUUGCGAUAAACAUCUGCAAUAUCAACCUUGCAACAGCUGUUCCUGGUUUGAAACUUGACAAGUGGAUGGGACCAGCAAUCAAAAUGUCACUACCAAGUUUUAGCGGACGUACAAAGCAUAAUCCCAACCUUCUGAAGUAUUCAUGCAGUAUUGAGUGCAGGAUGCGAGCAGUGCAGCCAGCAAAGGUAACAGGAUCAUUUCCGGCAUCAAAGCAUGACACAGAAGAAUCUUUGGGUCACCACAAAUGCAAAUCUCCAGAUGCUAUCAAUGGACUCCUAGAUAAUGGGCAGAGCCUAAGCAUAUCUGUGAUGUUAUCAAAACCCAUAUUGGCUCUGCAGUUCAAUUGUCUGAAAAUGCAAGUUGAAGCCCCAAUUGCAGUUUCUCUCUGCCCUAGAAGUUCCUGCAGAACUUCCUUGGGAGUUUCUUGACUAAGCACAUGCAAUAUUCUCCCACAACACAUACCCUUAAUUUAAAAUUUUUUCCUCCCACUAUUGUAAUGCAAUAAAUUUACUGCAUGUAUUUUGUAUUUUUUUUUUUUUUCAUGAUUCACAAGUUCAUCCAGAGCAAGG